AAAGCCCUGGUGCCUUCCAAAGGGUCAUAGGAAUGCACAGAAUUUCCGAAUGGCUCUUGGUCGUUCAGAAAUUCAAUGCAUUCCAUGGACAUUUGAUCCACCUAGCUCAGGACUGCCUGGCAGCAGCUCUCCAAAGUUUCAGGGGAAGUCCUUCCCAACCCUACCUGUAGAUACUGCCAGGGAUCUCCUGGGAUCUCCUCCAUGCAAAGCAGAAGCUCUACUGCUGAAUUACUGGCCCAUAAUCCACCAACAGGUUUUCAAAUGGCGUCUUUCUUAGAAGGUGUUCAGGAGGACCGUGAGAAAACCAUGUAGGAUGUUUCUGGCCAGGCCCCUGGCCGAUCAAGCAGCCCUUGGCUUUCCAAAAGGGCUCGCCAGCCAGCUCAAGGAGGCCAGCUCUGUGGCAGCAUUAUCUCCCCCUGCAGAACCAGGCAGCACACCCAGGCGGUGCAGCUGUGCAGUGUAGAUCUUGGUCCCAGCCGCCCAGAAAUGAGACACCUCCCAGAGUUAAGGCCAAGACGCCUCAGACCGCAGCCUGCACUCGACUCCGCCAGUUCAGCUGCAUCUUCAGGGAUCAGGCAGCAUGCUUCUGCCCAGAGGCCUUGCCCUCCUCCUCCUCCUCCUCCUCCUCCUCGGUCUCAGUGUGGACACUGGCAGAAGUCAGGACUAUUCAGCCCCCAAGGACCACCAGGACGUCUACACACAGAUCAGGGAUGUCACAGAGAUCCCAGACUCGGCAAGUUCCCUCAUCACGGAGAUGAUCUUUGUGGAAACCAGCCUCGUGGCCGUCAAAGAGGGAGCCUUCCGGAACAGGCCCAACCUGAGGAAGGUUUUGUUCAUAAGCAACAAGAUUAGGACUGUGGAAGUGGGAGCAUUUGAGAACCUGGAGGACCUGGAGGACCUGGAAAUAAGUGGGGCAGAACUGCAGAGCCUUCCACCCGGCGCCUUCCGAAAUCUGCCUCAUUUGCAGAAACUGACUCUGCGCGACUCUCGCAUCCAAGGGAUUGAAAAGGGGCUCUUUGAUGAUCUCGAGAACCUGGAGGAGAUGUAUCUGCACAUGAACGAAAUCCCUUCUCUGCCGGAAGGUGUCUUUGAUGCCCUGCCCAGGCUGACCUUCUUACACUUGGCCAGAAACAGGAUUUCAGACCUCCCCAAGGAGGUCUUCAAGGAGCUGAGGCUGCUGAAGGUCCUCCGACUCUACGAGAACGAGCUCAGUGGCCUCCCGGAGGGGAGCCUGGACAGCCAGCAGAGCCUGACAGAGCUCGGCCUCUCCAAGAACAAGAUCCGAACUCUGCCCCCCAGCUUGCUCAGGAACCUGCCCAACCUGGAGAAGCUCUUCCUGGACCAGAACCGGCUGGAGGCUCUCCCAAGUGAGGCCUUCCACGGAAUGAGAAAACUCAAGCAGCUGAAACUGGCUUCCAACAGCAUCCAACGGCUGCCCGGCCGGCUCUUUGGCGAGAUGCCGCUGCUCCAAGAACUGGACCUGAGCAGGAACCAUUUGCAGACUCUUCCUGCGGGGGUCUUUGCAAACCUCACCAGCCUCAGGAAGCUCAGCCUGGCCCACAACCAGCUGGCAGGUGGGCCUCCCAGUGUCUUCAUAGGCCUCAACAGGCUCUCGGAACUCAAUCUGGAGGCAAACCUGCUCUCUUCUCUGGGGAGCCUGGCGGGGUCUUCUCUCCCGGAACUGAACACCCUCAGACUGAACAGGAACCAUCUAAGGAACGUUCCCGAGGGUCUGUUUGGCAGCUUCAGCAGACUCACCUCGGUGUAUCUUGGCGACAAUCCCUGGAACUGCGACUGUCAUCUUCUCUAUCUCCACAGGUGGAUGAGAGAUCAUUCCAAAAAAGUUAAAGACCUCAAAAAAGUGACCUGUAGAGGCGCAGGGGCGCUGGCUGGGAAGGCUGUCCUUGUGCUGACAGAAGACCAGUUGGGCUGCCUAACCACCCCCCCCAUGGCCACCAGCUCCUCUGACACCACGUCGCUGCCCACAAGGGAGUUCACCCCAACUAUACCCCCAGUCACUGAAGUCCUCACCACGGCUGAAGCUGCAGCCACGGCUGUCCAUCAUCCCACCACCGCCACGCAGCAUCUCACCACAACCCCACAAGCCACCAGCACCACCAUCAGGACAACCUCUGAAACUACCACUGGGGCCCCCUCCACUGCUGCCGCCGCUGCUGUCCAUCAGCCCACCGCCACCAUGCAUCUCACCACAACCCCACAAGCUGCCGCCACCUGGGCUAAGGACUGGGCCCUGAACACAGGAUGUGGGAGAAUGAGGGUGAGGAUUACAGUCAGCACUGAGAUAGAGGAGCCCCUGGAGGGCGGAGAGGCCGUCCCUACCCUGACAGUAGACCAGGAAAUCGCACCGAUACACCCAGCAAUCCCUUAAGCAGGCAUUUCUGCACCGGGGAAAGAAAACCAGCAUGGCAGGAAGAAGAAGGCGGACACAAGAGAGCCGUGUUCCAGUCCCACCAAAUCUGUGCUGCCUUGGAUGGCUUCUUGAGACUCCAUCUCGGCUCUCCGUCGGAAGGAAAGAGCCCUCAUAGACAGUGCUGGUUUUCAGGAGAAACACACCAAGGAUUUAAUUAAUUUUGUGAGCCGCCCCAAGCAGUAGUGUGCUGGAGAGGGUAUAAACGUUGAAAGUAAGUAAAGAUCUGCAAAAUAUGUUAGAUAGAAACUGUCUGAUAUAUUGUUGUAAGCCAUGCUAUUCACGGAACCGAGCAUCAGAUCGGAAAGAAAACAGAAUCACAGAAGGUUGAAGCUGGAAGGGACCUUGCAGAGUUGGGUCUUCUAGUCCCACUCCGUGCACGAAACCAACGGCUCCAGCAUCCCAGGGAGAGGGCUGUCCAGCCUCUGCUUGAAAGCCUCCAGCACAAAAUCACAGAAUCCUGGGUGUAGGGAUACGACAGAAGCAAGUAGCCCAGCAAAGGGGGUUAGAAUCACAGUGAGCUGCUUUAUACUGAGUCAGACCCUUGGACCAUCUAGCCCACUAUUGUCUACCCAGACUGGCAGCGGCUUCUCCAAGGUUGCAGGCAGGAGUCUCUCCCAGCCCUGUCUUGGAGAUGCUGCCAGGGAGGGGACUGGGAACCUUCUGCAGGCAAGCAGGCAGGUGCUCUCCCCAGAGCCCCGCCAAGGGGAAUACUGUACAGUGCUCACACAUGGAGUCUCCCACUCAAAUGCAAACCAGGGUGGAUCCUGCUUAGCAAGGGGGCAAUUCAUGCUUGCUACCACAAGACCAGCUCUGCACAGACAGUAGCGAGAAGAUAGGGGUAUAGGGAAAAUGAAAUAAACAUGAGGUAUACAAUUAAACUGAUAGAAAUCUGCAAUUACCGUGGAAUGAAUUAGACUAUACUACAUGAAACCUUAGCCACCUAAUGGUGCAGCGAGGAAAUGCUUGAACAACAAGCAGAAGGUUGCCAGUUCGAAUCCCCGCUGGUACUCUAUCAGGCAGCAGCUAUCUAGGAAGAUGCUGAAAGGCAUCAUCUCCUACUGCACAAGAGGAGGCCAUGGUAAACCCCUCCUGGAUUCUUCCAAAACAAAAACAAAACCACAGGACUCUGUGGGCGCCAGGAGCUGAAAUCAACUUGACGGCACACUUUACAUGAAAUCUUAAAGUCAGCUUCGUUUGCAAUAUUGAACUCAUCUGAAACAUUUCAGCAUCAUACAAAGAUUUUCCUCCUUCUCACCUCACAUUGCCCUCUUCAACAUAAUCUCCAAUUGCUUAAAUCAAUAUGUUCAUGCAUGCAAGCUGAAUUUAAAAAAAAAAUCCUAGAAGAAGUUUCAAUUGAGAUGUGGAACUCAUUGCCACAAGGUGAUACAGAGAGAACACAAUGUUAUUUGGGGGUAUCUCAAGCCAGAAGGACACACUCCUAGGAAGGGAGUGGUGCUUUAGCAGACAGCUUGUGGGAUGCUGGAGACUGUGUGAGGUGGGGUUGUUGCCAGGUCAGGCUCAGAUCCUGAGGUGCAGGGUGUGGGAUCCAGGAGGCAAGGGGCAGGGCUACCAAGUUAGGGUGAAGCCUUAUGGGAUAAGGGUGGGGUCUAGUAGCACCUCGGGAGUCAGGGCCAGAGUGCGCCUCAGUAAACGAGCAUAAUGGAUAUCGGGUGGGGAUGGAGCGGGGGAGAAGAGCGCAUUGCAAAAGCCCUCAUCAAGCCAGAGCCCCUUUCACCCACCGCCUUCCCACUCAACUCUGGCUUCUCACCUUGACAUCCUGCCCCUCCUCUUGGGGAUCCUGAGGAGGUGGCAGCAAAAAUCCCAACAGUUCAGCUCAAGCCCCAGUGGCCACCCAAAUGUCAGGACAGCAGCCUUGAACCCAGACCCCUUGAGACCCAAUACUGCUCCAAGCAGCUGGAGCUCAUGUUUGGGAGGGGAGCUUCAAGCAUGGGGAGCUUUGUCUAUUAAUGCAUGGUCUGCUCCACUCUGCCGACUUUCGAGAAUUACCCCCCACGUUUCCAUGCAGUUUUGCAAAGAAUCCCGAGAUGUACCUCUCAGAUCACACGGCGCACCUUGAAGGAAAGGGAGGGUACAAACCAGCAGAAUACAUAAAUAUGGCUCAGGAAGGAGGAAGCCUGACAGGGCCCUCCAAGGGGUGGCUCCCUCCACCACCAAAGAAUCUAACUUUGUAUCCAGGUCCCAAAGGGUCAGCUCUGAGAGGGCAGAGCAAGGGACUCCAUUCUUCUGUGCACCCUUGGUGCAAACUGCCUAAAAUCCCAAAGAACCAAUUCCAGGGGGGUAGCAGCAUUCGGCCAUCGCUGCAAGCCUCUUUGUUGCUUUUCUUAGAGUUUCCGUUGAGAAGAAGAUGAGCUGGGAGGCAGCAGGUGGGAUCGUGCCUGCAUGCACAGAGCUCAGGGCGGGAAUUGCAUCGGUCCUGAACAGGGACUCUCAACAAGAGAUGUACCACCCAACAACCUGCCCCCAAAUGCAGCUCCUGCUGGAGCAAGAUUAAGAGAGGGGUGUGGCAUCUACUGCAGACGAGGCGGGGGGCGUUCUAGGGCUCCCCGCCUGCCAAGAUGUAGGAGGGAGAAGGGGCAGGGUUAAUUGCUACGCUGCUGCCUCCAAGAAGUCCCAGGAAACUCCAAGUGCAACUGGGAUUCUGGACUCUCUUGGAGGAGAGAGGAUGGCAGACUGGCAACAGCCCGUUUAUUUUCAUAAACAUACGGGGUGGUAGUUCACGGGGGUGAAUCCUUGACUGCAAGAGAUCCACAGGAGGCGGCCUCCAUCCACUUUCAUUUAAAUGUUAGGAUCAUCAGGAGAGAUUCAGUUGCAGAGCCAACUCGGGAACUAGCCUUCUCGGCUUCUGCCUCUGGGCUUUGGAAAGCGCUCCCUGUUGAAACAAGAGCCUCCCCAUCUCUGGCAACUUUUUAAAAGGCACUGAAGACACACUUAUUCACCCAGGCUUUUAACUAGAUCUAUAGUUUUGAAAUUUUUAAUACUGGGUUUUAAAUGUUUUAAAUGAUCUUAAUUGAUUUGAUGUUUUAUGUUAUUUUAAUUGUAAACCGCCAAGAGACACAAGUUUUGAGCAGUAUAGAAAUAUUUUAAAUAACAAAAUGAUAAUA